AUGUCACUCAAAAGUACUCCAAAGUACGGACUGGCUCAGUGGCUGUUCCGGCAUCCCAAGUUCCUGACCGCUGAGUCAGGCACCAUGUUCUCUUUGUCAGCACGUGUCCUGGAUAAACUCAAAGAGGUAAGCCUCCAUCCGAAUGAGGUCAUGGUAUCUUUCGAUGUUACAUCCCUUCUUGCUAUUAUUCCCCAGGAUCUGUCAAUCGAGACGAUCGAGCUGCUUCUACAAAGCAAAUACUAUGAAUCGGAGAAUCGUCUUGGGCACACCCAAGUACUUCUGCUCCUGAAGUCCUGUCUCAGGACGCACUUCACGUUUGACGGGACAAUAUACGAACAGGUGAACGGCACGCCAAUGGGUUCGCCGAUUUCGGGAUUCAUCGCCGAGGCGUCCUGCAACGGCUAG